UCAGUCAUCUCCUUCGUUCUUCCCCCAUCUCCUUUAUAGAUAAGCUUCCUUUAAGCUUACAAGUUACCACAUUUCUUAACCUUUGUCAAAGAUCGAGGAUACUUUUGCAAGCAAUUAGGUUAGUUGAUGAGGAAGAAAAUUCAUCCAAGGCAAAGUUGGGCAAGACACAUUUUACUUGGAUUUUUUUUUGAACUUGGGAAAAUUCAUGAUUUUACCACGCUUGGAAGGAAUUCGAUUUGCCACGCUUUUAGCCUCACAAAAAAUUCAGAAAUGCAAGGCGAUGAAGCCAGACUCUUGCUAGGCUUCCCCCCGGAUUCUCGCCCUACUCCUUCUCAGAUUAAAGCGGCUUAUAGAAAGAAAGUAUGGGAGUCGCAUCCUGACUUGUUUCCAGUUCACCAAAAGCCUUCGGCGGAGUCUAAGUUCAAGUUGAUUGCAGAAGCUUAUGCAUGUCUACAGUCUGCUACAUAUUCGCAUGUUGUGAGAAUGAGAGUACCGAAGGCUCAUGGGGGAAGAAAAAAUCGUGCUUUGAUUCAGAUUCCUUUCCUCCUUAUAGUUCUGGGAAGUGUUGGCCUCGGGGGACUAAACGCCACCAGGGCUUAUAGAAAGCAAAAAGAGGCAUGCCCUUCUCACAACCCAUUCCUCCCCUGAAACAAGACCUCGAACUGGGGAAUUAUACUGUUCUUUCAUUUUUUGUAUCAAUAUGGAAGGAAGUUUCAAUUUACAUGAGCCUUGUUUAUCGGAAUCAAACGAAUUUGGGUAAUAUCAUUAUACCUUUGACC